ACGAAAGGAACAAACGCGUCGGCCCACUGCGAAGCCUCGCGUCUCCGACUCCGCCAGCACCAGCACCAGCACCGGCCCACCGGUGGCGAGGUCGCGCGAGCGCGGGCGGGCGUGGGACUGGGAAGGGAGUAGGACAAAGAGGAGGAGGUGGCGGCGAUGUCGAGCCGGUUCUGGAGGUGGUACGCGGACCGGCAGUUCCACAGGUGCGAGAAGACGGUGCUGUGGGGUAUGGUGGAGCCCCACCGCCCGGCGCGCUCCGUCGCGCCACUCGUCGGCACCUACGUCGCCGCCUUCUACACCGGCGUCCUCGGGGCCGCCGUCACCGAGCAGCUCUACAAGGUCGGCCAACCUCAGCGCCUGGGAUUUCCAUUCCCCGCUUGCCCUCGCUCCUCUCCCGCCGGCCACACGCACUGCAGCGCCCAUCGGUGCUCGUCGGAAUGCUUAGCGGAUCUCCGGCCAGCUUGAGUGGCGUGGUGACUCGUACAUCGGGACUCUGUGUUGAUGAAAUUUUCCAAGGCCCCUCACAUGAUCUCGGUGCCCGAAUUCGUCUGUCUGCUCAUUGCAUCUGGAGAGAGGUUCUGUUGCCAUGCACCGAAAGCAUCAGAUUUGUUCGAAGCAUUUCGAGAAUUCGGGCCGUGCGCUUCAUUGAGCUCGCUAGGCAAGGCUAAACUGACUCUCUUUUUUUUUUGCGAAAAAUCUGGGAGGAUCACCCUGGCGAGGCGGUGCCGAUCAUGCCGCCCAAGUUCUACUGGGGCCCAUGGAGGGUGAUGAACGGAGAAGUUUCCCGCUUCAUCCAGCCGCCCGACGAGGCCAAGACAGCGUAGGAGCUUCAAGCGAGCAGCAAUCUACCUUCCCAAAGUCUCUACUCUCCCGUGAUUUCUUCGUCUUCUAACCGUAAUUCUUCGACGUGAACAAACUCUGCGCGUUUAAGCAAACGGAGUUUUACCUUUUCAUCCA